CCGCGGCCCGGUGGUUGGGGACUGCUGCACUAGAUGAUAGAUGGAUGGAUGGAAUGUUAUUUUUAACUUGUGUUCUGUUUAAUGUUUGUUGUGGAAAAUAGAUUUGAAGAAAGUUUAGCUGUGCAAGUAUCUCUGACUUAACAUGAAACAAAAAGAGGAAGUGUAACUUCCUUCUUUACUAGAACAUUUCCUGCACCGUGCCAUUCAACACCAGACCGGCCGGCUGAUGCUCAGAAAGAUCUACAAUGGCAAACAGCACCACAACACCUGCUGAAGAAGUGGACUACAGUGAUACUUGUGACAUAGAAGAAUUUGACAUCUCAACCGUCACCGGUGCCAUCCUCAUCUUGAUCUUUGUCGUCAGUGUCAUGGGCAACAGUCUCCUGUUGUGUGUUAUGGUCAUCUAUGAGGAUCUGAAAAACAUCACCAACAUGUUUGUCCUGAACCUGGCCUGCUCCGACCUGCUCUUCACCGCCACGCUUCCGUUCUGGGCCACCUACCACCUUCACCACUGGGUCUUCGGGUACUUUCUCUGCAAAGUCAUUAUAGCGAUGGGGUUAGUCGGUCUGUACAGCAGCAUCAUUCUCCUGACUGCCAUGACGGUGGAUCGCUUCAUAACUGUGGUGCUGCACAAAUGGCCGAGCAAGAACUUGUGGAGGAAGAGGGGUGUAGCUGGGGCCUGUGCAGCCGCCUGGCUCCUCAGCGUUGCUGUGUCCCUCUAUCAUGCACUCAGAGCACAGGUGCACAACUGGCAGGAUAAAUUCUACUGUGAGUUAGAUAGAGUUGAUUUCGAGCUGGGAUUUUACCUCGAAGUGUCACUGCUUUUCUUCCUCCCGUUUGCCAUCAUUGUUUUCUGCUACUCUGCCAUCCUCAAAACCAUUCUGCAGACUUCAAACAGAAAAAGACACAGGACUGUGGUUUUGGUGUUGUGCAUUGUUGCAGCCUUCUUCUUCUGCUGGGGACCCUUUAACUUCCUGAUUCUCAUCAUACUUUUGUACAAACCCACUGACUGUAAGGCGGAGGAACAGCUGAUCAUUGCAUUUCAUAUUUGUCGCGCACUUGCCUACUCACACUGCUGCAUGAAUCCUCUGCUGUACAUGCUCGCACAAAAGCUGCGAGGACAUCUGCUGCACCUUUUUCAAUGUGGCAGCGUGUGCAGGAAGAACCAGAUGAGAGGCACCGGCCAGAACGCUUCCGUUGUUCAGGCUGGUUUUGCGGCGCAAAACUCUGCCGUCAUGAUGGAACCACUCAACAAAUAACACUGGGUUACAAAAAAAUACUUUUUUGAAGGUGUCUAGAAUUUUUUUAACUGAUUUAGGACAUUUUUGCAACGCUGAAUCCAAAAAUGACAUCUGCCUUUCUGUAUCAGAUCAGGUUUUAUGCCAGCUUGAUUUUUUUUUUAAAAAGAAAAAACAGAAAAAAAUCGAUUUUCCCACUAAAUCCAUUACAUUUUUU